UGGUAAAACUGAAGGAGAUUUGGGAUCUUAAAGGAUUUAAGGAUGAGAGAUUUGUGGGAGAAGAUUGUGCAAAGCUUCGAUGAGUUGAGUAACAUGUAGCAGCUGUUGGAGACAACUUGACAAAACAUCUGUAGAAAUAUGCUAAGCAAUAAACAUUAAACAUGUCAAACAUUAUUAUGACAUCAUAAAUGUCCUGUGAUGUCAUGCCCACUGUUUGUGACAUGCAGAGAUUAGCCUUUUUCAAGUUUCUUUGAGCUUGAUCUUGUGGACCUGACUCUUUGCUUUCUCCUUAACGUUGGUUACCACACAGCGGCUACCAUUCAGAGCAAUCUCAAAGUGACAAAUUCAGCCUAAAAGCCUGCAGGGAGCCUUUGUUCAUGCCCCUAACUACCGAAUCACAGAAUGCUGGGCUGGGAGGAGUACGUGAGGAGUUUACUUGCAGAUGGGUUGUGCCAAGAUGCGGCCAUAUUGGCAUAUUCAUGCCCCAGGCUGCUGGCUGCCAAGGACAAUGGGCUGUUUAAGCAAAUGAGCUUGAAGGAAAUCAAAGCUAUCACCGGCAAUGAGCGGAAGACCUUCCUAACCAAGGGACUCACUGUCGGUGGCAAGAAGUGCUUUGUCAUCCGUGAUAACUUCCACCUGGAUGGGGAUUACACCAUGGACAUCAGGAUGAAAAGAUGGGACGGUAACAAUCCUUGCCAUAGCAUAGCCAUUGCCAGGUCAAAGAAAAUCUUCAUCAUGAUUAUGGGUAAGAGGGGUGUCCAUGGAGGAAUUUUGAAUAAAAAGGCAUUUCAAAUGGCUAACUACAUUAGAAAGUCCGGCUGUUAGAAGAGGAAAAAGCAUUCCAUUUACUGCAGUUACGUCUAGAAAAUUCCAAGGAUACAGAUGAUUUUUAUCUCAAGAUCUUUCGAAGCCUUCUCAGAAACAACCCCAAACUGCUAAUCGUGUGUCCAGGCCUCUGUGCUGCCCAUCUUUGUGGGGGUCUUAUAUUCCUGACAUUAUGUAGAUUUUUAAAUAGACUUCUGUUAACAAUCUUCAUGUUCUGCCCUUAAAUUGUAGAAGAGUUUACAGUAUUGAAUAAACAGAAACAUUAACCCUGCUUCUUCAAUAAAGUUCAAAAUAUUAGAUGCUUUGCUGUGUGUGAUGCUCUUCAGAAGAUAAGGAUUGAAAUGGCUGAUACGAGGGGUGGCUGGAGGAAUGUUCAGGGAGGAUAUCAAAGGUAAACUCUUUACACAGAGUGUGUUGGGCAUGUGGAACACCCUGCCAGAUGUGGCAGAGAGGUAAGGACAUUUAAGAGACUGAGUUAGGCACAUGGAUGAUAGAAAAAUGGAAAGCCAUGAAAGAGGGAAGACUUAGAUUGAUCAUAGAUAAGUUAAAAGGUUGGCAGAACAUCACGGACGAUACUAUAGUGUAAAAUGUUCCUUAUAGACACUGACAGAAUUGAACUGGGGGUACUGGCACUGUAAAAGCAUUACGCUAAUCACUCCCAUUCCUUCCUCUGGAAGGUGCUGCCUGGCCUGCUGAGUAUUUCUAGCUUUUUGAGAUUGUUUCAGAUUUUGAUUAUUUGCAGCUUUAUGGAGCUUACCCUGCAUUGCAGAUGGGUCGAUCCCUCAGAUGUGCUGCAUCUGUUGAUUGCUUCUCACAAGAAAAUGAAAGGCAGUU